AUGAUGACCACAAAUAAGCUCAUGAAGAUGGCCAGGAAAUGGCAACAAAGAGCAGCCCUCCACAGAAAAAAAGGAUCUCAUUUCAAAGAUCAAGUGUUGCUACUAACUCAGCUGAUGGUAGAUAAAAUUCGCUUUGCUUUUCCCUUAAAAUAUCCGAGCAACUCUGUAUUUCAAGAGCUCUUGAAGAUAUCUGAAGAAGAGUUCGGCCUCCCAAUCGGUGGACCAAUCACCUUGCGAUUCGACUCGGUUUUCUUAAAGUAUCCAAUCUAA